AUGCAGGGCACUCAGGCACGGCCUGAUUCGGCUCGAGAAUCCGACGGCAUAGUCUCUGGCCAGGCACAGGCAUCAGUUGCUGCUACCGCUGGUCAGCCACAAAUUUCGGGGACUGGAGUGUCAGCGAGUAGCACUGAUCGGAAUGCAUCAUCACAAUUAUCCGGGACCGGCACGCUCGAUUCCGGUGUGGCCACGGGCACGAUUUCGUCGCCAGAACUAGCUACUACAGCCUCUUUCCGCGCGCAACCCUCCGAUGGGUUCAACGCUGUUAAUGACACGGCCCUGAGAGCUAUGCCCGAGUCCGAUAUGCUAACACGUCCAGAUGUGGCGAGUGUUGAGGAACUGAAUGCCGAGCUCGCCGUUAGCAUUCCCGACCAGGGCAUGAGUGAGAAGAACGCCAAGGCAAUUGCUGUCCUCGAGACGGCGUACUUUGAAUAUUUUGUCACCAAGGAUCCGGCGCCAGUGGACGUAGGAAAGCUAUCGAUUCCGCCAAGCAUUUCACAAUGCCAAAACAAGUACGCGGAUAAGCUGACCAAUUCGAAAAGUUUCAUCGCCGGCGUUCUUAACUGGGUACCGCUCGUAUCGAGGAACCUCCGCGGCUUCGAUAAUUGCAAAGCCGUUGAAUCGCUGGAGGUCGGAGUUUACUUUCACUACAUGAGAGCAUCACCAACAGCCGCUCGCCCCAAUGAACUGGAAGCCAGAGUCAAGGCACAAGUCGACACUCUUAAUGAGGCACUGGGAGCAGUGAGGAUCAACUUUCGCCUCAUGGCGCUGAAUUGGUGGGAGCCGAAGGCGAACGAGGACUGGUCAAAGGUGUCGCGACGCGAGCACAAGCUCACUGAAUGGCAACAUCGAACCCGAGCCCCCGGAAAGCUGGUGCUCACGGUCUGGAUAGUGAACGGCCUCCGCGACGGUGGCAAGGAUGACCAAGAACUGAACGGUUAUGCCACCUUCCCCAAUGAGAAGCUCGAUGACGCAGACGGCAUUGUAAUCGAAGAGGCGCGAGUGCAGGGAGGCGAUGCCACGACGCUCGUCCACGAUGUUGGCCACUGGUUUGGCUUGGGCCACACGUUCAACGAGCUCGGCCAGGAAUGCCUUAUCCAAAGCGGCUUGACCAACGCCACACAAACGUCUGGCAACCGGGAUGUAGUGUUCCAGUGCUCGCAGGUGACGUGUGCUGGCGGGCCGGCAGUAGACGUGAACAACUACAUGAGCUACUCUUCGUGCCGUGGCAAGACGCCGCGAGACGGCUUUACCACGGACCAAAAGGCACGGAUGUUUGCCAACGCACUUCAAUUCCGUCGCGGGUACGAGUCGGGAGAGUGCAUGCCGGACGGGUCGGCUGCUGUGAAGAAGAGAUCAAGCAUGCAGGACCUGCUCGAUGGGAAGUGUCCUGAUGUCGACAAGCAGGCCAGCAUCCUGAUAAACGUGCCACACAGUUCGGGAACAAUCCCUUCCUCUUCGACAGGCUGGCUUUGGGCUGCGACAGUGGCACCAUGUGCUUUCGUUCUAUCAUUCUUGUGGGCUUUUAUUUAG